AUGGGGAUGUUCUAUAACGUUUCGCUGGCUGUUUUUGCAGCUAUUGGAGGAUUCUUGUUUGGCUAUGAUAGUGGUGUAAUCACAAAUGUCCUGGAGAACCAGUACUUCCUAGAGUACUUUGACAGUCCGUCGGAAGAUUUGGUCGGAGCCGUAGUUUCCACACUGGCUGGCGGGUGCUUCAUCGGAGCCGCAUCCGCAGCAUGGUUCGCGGAUCACAUUGGCCGCAAGAGAACCAUCCAGUUUGGUAGUUUGAUUGCAGUAGUUGGGUGUUUGUUGCAAUGUGUAGCGGUCAAUAUCGGAAUGCUGAUCGCCGGACGCAUUAUUGCUGGCCUUGCCAUCGGGGUCUUGAGUAUGAUCACUCCCCUUUAUCAAGUUGAAAUUUCGCACCCGAAGUGGCGUGGGUUUAUGGCCGGAACUUUCCAACAAAUGCUUGGGUUCGGUUUCAUUGUUGCGAACUGGGUCACGUAUGGAUGUGACAAGGGAAUCCAUGGAAUUGCUGCUUGGCGUCUGCCGCUUGGUCUUCAGAUGGGGCCUGCUGUGAUUCUUUUCUUCGGAAUGUUCGUUUUCCCAUUUUCUCCCAGGUGGUUAGUUGCCCAAGGUCGUGAGGAGGAAGCGUACCGUGUUCUCGAGAAGCUUCACUUUGAUGGGGAGAAUCGGGAAUGGCUUGACGGAGAGUUUGCUGAGAUCUGUGAACAAAUUCGCAUCGAGAAGGACAUGAAAUCCAGCAAUAUCAUGGACCUAGUGAAUACCAAGCCGAUGUUAAAGCGAACUCUUAUUGCAUGUGGUGUGCAGGCAUUCGGCCAGUUCACUGGUAUCAACGUAAUCAACUAUUAUGGACCGCGCAUGUAUCGUGCUCUCGGUAUUUCCGAUCCACUUCUGAUCCAGUCCAUCUAUGGAGUUGUUGGGCCCAUCUGGAAUCUGUUCUUUAUUAUUUUCCUUGUCGACCGCGUAGGCCGUAAGAAACCACUACUCUUCGGAUCAUUCAUGCUCGCCGCUUGCUUGGCUGUUGAAACCGCUAUCAACGCUUCGUACCCCCCUGAUUCUCCUAACCCCAAUAAAGCGGCGCAAGGUGCUGGUGUGGCAAUGUUCUUUAUCGCAACAUCUGUAUUCUCCGUCAGCUACGGUCCGAUCGCUUGGACAUAUGUCGCAGAAAUCUUCCCUAUGCGCACGCGAGCAAUGGGUGUGUCUGCGGCUACUUGCACAAACUGGGCCUUUAAUGUAUUGUUCGGCCAAACGAGUCCCAUUGGCCUGGAGAACUCGGCAUGGAAGUACUACUUGCUCUUUGUCUGCCUGAACGUAUUCUCGUUCAUCAUGGUCCUCCUGUUCUUCCCAGAAACUAAAGGUAAAACCUUGGAGGAAAUGGAUGAACUCUUCGGAGACCAGGUCAUUGACCAUAAACUUGAUGGAGUACGACCCUCGAUGGCUCAACGGACAUCAAGUCCGCACGAUUCGAACUCGAAGCACGACUUAAAACAUACUGAAUAA